GUAUUUACCAAAAUUGAUAUUACAUCCAAAUUCCUAAAGGCCAAAUGGACCACGCUUGUUUAAUAUUGUUGCCUCUUACAUGACAGCUGCUUUGUUCUUCACAUUGAAAAAAAGGUCCUGGAAAACUGGUGCGUGAUUUUCUUUUCAGCUUUGCAGUAGCAUUUUUACAUCUGUGGUCUGCAUUUAGGUGUAAUGAACAUUUAUGUUUUAAAUGUCUGCCCGCAGGUAGCCAACCUGGAUGCAAAUGAGAAUGCUUUCUGUCUGAAGGAACGUUUCUUGAAAGACAUUCAAGAAGAUUGGCCUGGCUACAGUGAAAGAGAUAGACAGAUGUUGGAGGUCACACUUGUUCAAAAAACAGCGCCAUCUCAGAAUGCUGCCAGCACCAGCCAGUCAUCAUCUCUGGGACCUUCUGAAAGGGAUACUCCACUGAGAGCUGCUCAGAAACGGCCUCUGGCUUCUGACUUUAUCAGUCCCGUGAUGAGCAAGAAGCAGAGGCUUGACCAGCAGCCCAGUGAUGUCCAGCCAGCAGCUGGUGGCCACUCUCCUUCUUCCUUGGACCUGCCUUCCACAUCCUGUUCCACUUUCAACAUGUCUCCAAGUGUCAGCUCCAUUUUCACCUCCACCCCUGAGGAGCAAAAAGAUAAAAUUCAGACUCCUUCUGGAAUCCCAGUGCCUGCCAGGGUGCAGGGGAAGACUCCCAAGUUCAGAGGUGAGAAAACAGAAUUAGAUAAGGUGAAAAAAUCCCAUCCUUCAUAUUUCAAUAAAAUGGUUGCCAUUAGCGAAGCCAAAGAGACGAGCAGAGCGCAGGACCCAG